CCCGUUAAGAGCAAGAACCACUAAUCGCGACCACGAGGAGGUUACCCCAUGUGAUUCUACCCUCCCUAGCAACUGGGCCAAUUUGGUUGCUUAGGAUACCUGGCUGGAGUCAAUCAGCAUGCCCUGGCUUCGAAUUUGCAACUCCAGGGGUGGUAGUUGCUAGUAAAAUUAAAAAGGUUCCCACUUCCUAUAUAUGCACAGAUCCCUUAUCUAACAGAUAUAAAUUGGCUAUAGCUCUAACACAACAUGAUCUGACUGAGCACUGCACAGUUUACCAAGUCUAAUGCCAAGAUUACAUAAGUGUGUCUCCAUAAGGAAUAUCCCAGACGUUUCUCUAGCAACCUCACCGCAUGUCGCGCAUCAGGAGCACACUAGACACAGUCACCAAGGCUGUGAGUGGAACAGUGAACACUGAGCUCCUCUCCAAGAUUACGCGCCUCAAACCCGGUGCAACCCUGGGCAAAACUGUUGAGCUUAAAGUCGAUUGCCCUAAAGCCGAAGCUGAAGCCCUCAUGACCGUAGCAGAACCCGAUCCACCAAAAGUGAAAGAGGUGGAUAAAGACAUAGAACAUCAUAAGGAACCCCCACAACCUAACAGCAACCUAUCUACUACCAAAGGGAGUGCAUCCAGCACGGUUGCAAAGCAGACACUGCAGCGUUUCCAGCCUGCUGCAUUCACAGCAAACAUGGACGAAACCUACAGUCACUUGGCUGAUCAUGUCAACACCUACUUUGGAAGUGACACACGAGAUGAUAAACGAUCACAGCAGUUUAGAGGAGAUAAGACCCCCUCCACAACUCAAAUCCAACCUAGUUCUCAUUCCAUUGGUAGUAAAGAUCAUGUCCUUAUGGCAGUGCCCGUGACCCAUAGAUCUACACCAGAAACACACCCUUUUCCACCUGCCAUUGACCAGGAUGGUGCCGAUCCAAAUUCACAAGUGCCGGCUUCUCCAUCUCAAGAGGAUGGUGAUUCAGCCAUCCCCAUAUCACCAAGAAAAGGCAUCAGUCAAUACUUGUCCUACCCUAGGCCAAGUGUUCAGGCUUUUGUAGGUAACUACAUUACUCCCCUGGUUCCAAAGUUCAGAGCGGAUUCCAAGGGCGGGACAGCAGAGAAGGACAAACAAGCUGGAUCAGAUCAACCUGUGUCACUAGCCACAAAGGCUGCAGAAACCAAGGAACAGAAAGAAGCGGAGGAGAAAGCACAGAGACUGCUGUCUCAGAGAGAGAAGAUUAUAGCACGUGUUAGUGUGGAUAACCGAACCAGAGCACUCGUCAAGAGCCUUCAAAGAGUUACUGAUGUGAAGAUUACCAUCAGCAGGGUGGAGGAACUGAGCUUCCACCUCCUGGAGUUUCCAGAGACCAGAGGAGUGGCAGUCAUUGAGAAGGUGAUCCCAUGUCUGCUGCGUUUGAGGCAGGCUCGGGAUGCCAGUCUGCAGGCUGCAGUGAGGCAGGCUCUGGCCCUGGUGGGCUACACCGACCCAGUGAAAGGCAGAGGGAUACGUGUGCUCUCCAUCGACGGAGGAGGAACCAGGGGAUUGGUGGCUUUACAGGCUUUGCACAAGUUGGAGAGUUUGACAGGGAAGCCCAUCUACCAACUCUUUGACUACAUAUGUGGAGUUAGUACAGGAGCCAUCCUGGCCUUUAUGUUGGGUGUAUUCCAGAUCCCUUUGAAUGAGUGUGAGGAACUUUAUCGGAAGUUGGGAUCUGAUGUCUUUAAGCAAAACUUGAUUGUGGGCACAAUGAAGAUGGGCUGGAGUCACGCAUUCUACGAUAGCCAGAUCUGGGAGGAGAUUCUGAAAGAAAGAAUGGGACCUGGUCUUAUGAUUGAGACUGCCAAAAACCCUAAAUGCCCCAAGGUGUCAGCGGUGAGCACAGUAGUAAACAGAGGCCUACCACUGAAGGCAUAUGUCUUCAGGAAUUAUAACUUCUUACCUGGGGUUCGCUCACACUACUUGGGGAGUUGCCAGCACAAAAUGUGGCAGGCCAUUCGAGCAUCCUCUGCUGCCCCAGGCUAUUUCCAGGAAUUCGUUCUAGGAAAUGACCUCCACCAGGACGGUGGACUCCUGAUCAACAACCCCACUGCUCUGGCCAUCCACGAAAGCAAGUGUUUGUGGCCGAACACACCUGUACAGUGUGUAGUGUCUCUUGGCACAGGCCGAUCCGAGACAGUCGCCAAGACCGGCUCCAGCACUUACACCAGCUUAAAGACCAAGCUCACCAAUGUCAUCAGCAGCGCCACAGACACUGAAGGUCUCUGCAGGUGUCACGAAUGUAGGUGAAGGCAGACAAGGAGCGAGGAUCUAGAUGCAGCGGUUCCUUAUUUGAAACAAAACAAAAGGAAACAAACACUACAAGAACAAAGGAAAUACCCGCGAUGGGGAAGAAUAAAGCAAAACUACAAAAACAACACAAAAGACAUUAGAAGCGUUUAACGGGUAGGAGAAACAAUGACCGACUAAAGACCGACAGGGGAAUGGAGAAAUAAACAGGGUUAUAUACACAGAGGUAAUGGAACUAAACGAUACGCAGGUGAAAACAAUGAGUGAGUGCUGGCAGGUGGUGAGGGUAAGGAGAGUUGGGAAGUGUAGUUUUCUAGACAGUGACUGGUGAAAACACAGACCGGACCACAAGGAACGUGACAUGGAAUGUGACGUGCUGAGUGAAACAGAAAACACGGGGCAGACAACACAGGAACGUGACAGCAGGCAUCUACUGGUUGUUAUUUUUAUGACAUGAUUUUCUAGUCAUUUAAUUGUUCUUUUUCUCACCAGAUGUCAGCAAUCUUCCCCCAAUACAUGACAAAUUCUCAUAUUUUCUUCAUGUUUUAAUUUAUAGAAGUAUAGGUUUUUACUGAAGUGAAGUUAACAUAAAUUAUUUGUAAAUGAAAUGAAUUAUGUAAUUGAGAAAUAUACAGAUAAAAAAUAUUUAAACAGCACAAAAUCCCAAAAGAAUUGAAUCAUUUCACUGUUAUUACUACAGGGAAGAGAUUAAGUUACAUCAAUACCAUUUCUGCUCAAAAUGGCCGUGAACAGCCAAGGUGUCGACCUUUAUUGAACAACCUAAGAGGGUUAAAUGGUGUGUAAAAAUUACUACAGUUGGAGUUUCAGAGGUAGCGUUCUAUUUUUAAUAGAAUAUUUGACAAAAUGGCUGUUAUACUGCUGUUUAGUGAUUUCUGUUAAAACCUUUAAGUUCAUCAAAAAAAAACCCUCAUCUUUUACUCACCCUCAUUCCAUCCCAGAUGUGCAUGACUUUCUUUCUUCUGCUGAACACAAACAAAGAUUUUUAGAAAAUUAUUUCAGCUCUGUAUGUCAUCAUAAUGCAAGUAAAUGGGUUCCAAAAUUUUAAAGCUCCAAAUGCACCAUAAAAGGAAUCCAUAAGACUUCAGUGGUUAAAGCCAUAUCUUCAGAAGCAAUAUGAUAGAUAUGGGUGAGAAACAGAUCAUUGUUCACUUUCACAUUCUUCUUCUUCUUUUGUUUUUGCCAAUUUGCAAUCUUUGUGCAUAUCACCACCUACUGGGCAGGGACGAGAAUUUAUGGUAAAAACUGUCUUAAAUAUUGGUCUGUUUCUCACCCACAUCAAUCAUAUCACUUAUUUAGCACUGGAUUAUUAUGGAUUUAUUUUAUGCUGUAUUUAUGUACAUUUUGGAGCUUCAAAAUUUUGGUCACCAUUUACUUGCAUUGAAAGGACCUACAGAGCAAAAAUAUUCUUCUAAAAAUAUUAAUUUGUGUUCAGCAGGGUGAGUAAAUUCAGAGAGAAUUAUCAUUUAUGGGUGAACUAUUCCUUAAAUGAUCUCUUUCUGUACUGCAGAGGUCCACACGAUGUUGGACGCCCUCCUCCCCCCCAAUACCUACUUUCGCUUUAACCCUCACAUGAGUGAGGACAUUCCAUUGGAUGAGAAUAGACAGGAGAAGCUUGACUUUCUUCUGGUGGAAGGCCGCCGCUACCUUGA